AUGCCAGUGAUCUCGGAGGAAGAAGUUGACGAAGAUGUCGUCGGUAUCCCCGGACUAAACGGCAAUCGGCCAUUUGCCCGACAAGAUUCGUCCGGCUCAAGCAACCUCAACCCCGACCACGAUCCCAAUUCCACCGACGAGCACCUCCCCAACGAAGACGACGAACAAUCCUACUCGUCCGGCUCCGAAUCAGAAGAAGAUUAUGAUAGCGAUGAUGACGACGAUGAAGAUGACAACCCGCGCCCCCCACAACCACCCUUCACCCAGCACACCUUCGCGCCCCCUUUCUACGGCCGUCCCCCAACCCCCCUCCCGCCAUCGCCCUCCUUAACCUCUCUCCUCCGCCCGUCCCGCCCCACAACCCCCGACGCGUCAGACGACGACGGCCACGGCCCCGGUCACGGCCACAGCGGCGCGGGCACCUCGACAGCAGGCGGCGGCGGCGGCGGCAACGGAAACGGACACCUGGGGGAACCGGUCCCGCGGGCGCGGCCCAAGGUGCCGACGUACGAGUACUACGGGUUCGUGCUGUACCUGUUCAGCUCGCUCUUCUUCCUGGUGUACCUGCUGUGGAGCUACCUGCCGUCGCCCUUCCUGCACGCGCUCGGCAUCUACUACUACCCGAACCGCUGGUGGUCGCUCGCCAUCCCCAGCUUCCUGGUCAUGCUGCUGGUGUACAUCUACGUCGCGCUCGCGGGGUACAACCUGGAGAUCCUGACGCUGCCGCUGGAGAGCGUGGAGACGGUCGUGGACGAGGCGGCGAUGGUGGCGGUGGUGGAUUCGAAGGGGAGGAUUUUGAGGGGGGAGAGGAGGAGGAGGGAGGGUGGGCGCAGGAGGAGGGGCACGGUUACGAAGGAGGGGGGAGGUACGGGGGAGGCCGUCAAGCUGAAUUGGAGGGAGGUGUGGGAUGAGGGGACCGAUGCGGUCAUGGACGUGCCGCUGGCGGGGGUGUGCGAGGUGUUGUAUGGGGAGGGGAGGGAUUGGGAUAGUGGGCUGGAGGAUGAAGAUGUCGGGAUCACGAGGAUAUAG